CUCAAACAGGAAACAUCAGUAAAGAGAAAAGAUAUGGCCUCCUACAUGAAGGCAAACAUAUUCUACAUUUCAAUCGGAUUUUGGCUCAGUUUAGGUGUUGAAAGCUACGAUACUUGGACAAACCAUGUAUUAACAGUUCAGUCUGGAGGAUCUGUCACCAUCCCAUGUCAUUAUGACAAGAAAUACACACAGCAGAAGAAAUCCUGGUACUCAUUGAUUGAUCAAACAUACACAUACACAAACACAACAGAGCAGAAUCUGUCAGUAAUUGAUCAUCCUGAUCAGGGUCUCUUUACUGUGACUAUGAGAAACCUGCAGGAUGAAGACACUGGAGGUUAUCGUUGUGUUGUUGACAUUGAAGGAAUAAUGAGCAGCACAUGUGAGGUUUAUAUCCAGGUUCAAUCUGCUCCUGAUGUGUCUGUUGUGAGCAGCAGUGUCUCAGGACAUGAAGGUGGUGAUAUCAGUGUUCAGUGUCUCUACAGUUCUGGAUAUCAGAAUGAAGUCAAACAGUGGUGCAGAUAUAAAGAUCAGAGAUGUUACACAGUGGGGAGGACUGACACAUCCCAGAAUCCAUCAGUGCAGAUCAGUGAUGAUGAUGGGAGAAGAUCCUUCACUGUGCUGAUGACUGGACUGAGACGGACUGAUUCUGGCUGGUACUCCUGCUCUGCUGGAGGUGUAAUGAGUCCUGCUCACAUCACAGUAAUAGAAGAAGGUAUAACUUAUUUAAUAUCAAAGUGUGAACACAGACAUCCGUGCUGA